AUGGCAGCGUCCAACAACACCCAUGGCGAGGGCUCCGAGGCCAUAAACUUUCGUGCCGCUCUCGCCGCUUUCGAGCAGAAUGCCACUGCUACAACAGCCAGCUUCCACUCGCCCAAGACGCGCCCCUCUCAGCCAGCUGUCACCAGACCACCACCUCAAACUCCGGCACGGCCAUCCUCCGGCCUCGAGCCUAUCCCUCGCUCGGCUUCCACUCCACGCAUCCGCAACAACUCGGAAAGUCUCAUGCCACCAUCUAGCAACAAUCCCUUUGCUGCAUCCGGCUCACCCACUCCUGCUGCUUCGUCUGCCCUACCAACGACCUCGGCAUCCGGAAUGCUCAGUGCGCCUCCGCCGGCAUUCUCUACAUCUGCUUCGCCCACCUAUCCGCAGUCGAUUUCGUUGCGGAAAUCUGGCAGCGGUGUAAGCCUGAACGAGCUCAUGAAACAGAGUUCGCCUCGCAACAGCACCAACAGCCGCACAGCCAGUCCUCUUCUUCGCUCCAGAAGCAGAUCUGUAGUCGAAAAUGAUGCAGCACAGAUGAGUGGCAAUGCUAGCUCGGCGCCUGCCUCGGGUCGAUCCAGUCCAUUGCCACCACCUCGGUCUGUUAAUGCCUUGUUUACCCCAGACGAUCGCAGUGCUGGGACUGGAGCACGGCGUACCGAAAGUCCGGCAUCUUGGUCUACAGCACAGCACAUGCUCGAUACAAGCGCCGACGAUGACAUGUUUGCACACGCCGUUAUGGAGCGUUCCAGCACGCCUGCCUCUCCCAGUCGCAGAGCAGCAACAACAGCCGCGCAAGAUGCUUCGCUCUUGCCUCUCCCUCCGCAGGUGCCAUCGCGAAAGGGCAGCGCAUCCUCGACCAAUUCUGCGUCGACAUCCGCCUCGACCCCCAGACUUCCGCCACGGCCAGGAGGGGCAGCAACGCCGAACUUGGCACCCAGCCCUACGAUCUCCGAGUUUGGGCAAUUUCCGUCCACCGCAUCAACGGCUUCAACAACACCGAGAGCAAAGACAGGUCUGGGGUACGCGACAUAUACGCCUGGAGCCAGGCGCGGAGCACGUGAGGGUGGUGGUGGCAGGGCAGAUGGAAGCAUGACGCCUCCUGCUCUCCCGCCUCGUAGCGCUACGUUGGGGCAAGCGGAUCGAGGACGAGUGGGGGAUGCGCCGUACAGGGCGAGGCAGAACAGCCCGAUGAAGCGUGCACCCGUUAUUCCCAAGAAGCCAGCGACCUCUGCUGCUGCUUCUGUCAGUGUCAACAGCAAACCGCCACCGCCUCCGCGCCCGGCAAAGGCGUUCGACGGAGCAGCUGGGGGUUUCCGUUUCGGCACAGCAAGUGAAGAGCCUCAAUCUCAACCCGCGCCUCGACCUCGUCAGCGCACCAUGGCGGCACAGCAGCACCAGCGGAGUCUCACAGGUAGUAGCAGCAGCUUCACCACCACGAGUCUCGCAGGCAACACGACGCACAGGAAGAGCGGCAGUAACGUUUUCACCAGCAUCAGUCUCUCCGAUGACGCGAGUGGCGAGCUCAAGCGCAGUCUCGAGUCGGACAUUCACGCGGAUCAUCAGCACCAGUUGCCGCCGCCGUCGAGGGGUCGCUCCGCUGCUAAUGCUGCUGCCGGUUGGCAGAGUCCAGCGUCGUCGGUGGCGAGGCCGGCCUCGACUAGCGGUGGUGCGACAACAGGUGGAUCGUCGGCGGCAGGUGGGGUGGUGAGCUCGCUGAUCGGGACGGCUGCCUCGGCGCUUCCGCUUUUCAAAUCUGGUGGUGCGAGCGGAGCGGGAUCGAGGUCGUUGGCGGAUGGAGCGCCAUCGAAGCAACCGUACUAUUCAGGCGGUGCGACGGUGAGUCGGAGCACUAGUGCGCAUUCGGAUGUAAAGAGUGAGGGGGAAGAGACGCUGUGGGGAGGCGGCAGGGCGGUACAGCUUGCAGACGAUGCGAGUGUUUUGAGGGGCAGCAGUCGGGUCAAAGGUGGAGGAGGGUUGCUCAAGGAGCCCAAGGACGCGUCUGCGCAAGAGAGAUAUGAAACACUGUACGACAAGUUGCUCUCCCAACAGCACGAACGGAAAGCCAACCGAACCGCGCCCAACUCGAACGCCUCGACGAUCAGAGAGGCCAACACGGACCGCAAAGCAAGCGGUGGCGUACAGGCGCUGAAGGGGUGGUUCGAAUCGGAUCCUGCUUCGUCCUCCUCUGCCACUGCCGUAACGACGCCGUUGAAGCGCGAAGACUUGGACGAAGCAUUGUCCCCCAAAAUGGUACGGAAGGUGUGGACGCGGUCCCGCCUUCCAACGGCGUUCUUGGCACAGGUUUGGGACCAAGCGGUGUCGCAAACUGGUACUGAGGGCCUGACGAGGGACAUCUUUGUCCGGGCAAUGGCGGGAAUCGAUGCGGAGCUAGAGCGCAAGAAGCAGCGUAGAGAUACUAGACGCCAACGACGCUCCGCCUACGAUAGCAGGACGACGGGUGCCAGGAGGGUUCCACCACCUCCCCCAUCGUAG